AUGGCUCCGACACGCUGGUCCACCGAGGCAGAAACUUCCUUCUUGCUGUCGAAGGUGGACACGUUCCGGACACAUCAGUUAUCGCAGAGUCUGCAGCGGUUCUGGCCCACAGUGUACCGUGAGUGGUUCGCCGCGUUCCCGGAGAAACCCAGGGUCCUUCCAGACGUCGAGGGUGAGCUGUCACAAGAACAAAAUGAGCGGCUACAAUUAGCCAUUCAGAGUCGUCAGAAGCAAAUUUAUAACUGGUUUAAUAACCUGAGUAGUCAGCAAAAUCGGAAAGCAAAAUCGACGUCGACGCGGGUAUCCGCAAACCUUUUCAAAAAGAAAUCGUCUCGUGGCCUGAAGGAGAUCGAGGUAUACUCCCGUAAGUAUUAUGACGAUCGGGUCAAACCACUUGUGGACGAAGAGUUGAAGGGGCGCACCAACGUUUCGAGAGGCGAGAGGCUCAAUAUUAUCAAGGCUAAGACCGAGGAGAAGUUCAAGGUCGAAACCGAGAGUAUCAAAGCUGAGAUCAAAGCGGAUAUGCUUGCGCUUCGAACAAUGGCAGCGACUUCGGAAAAGGACGGUGAAGAGGGGGACGAAGACGCGGAUGAGAACACGAUCAAUGCUGUGGUGUGCCAGUCAGUGAUCGAGGACCUACCUGCAAUUCUUCGACAGUUAUUCCGCGAGAUUCAUCGUAAGACGGGCUGGUACUUUUUGGUUCUUGCUGCUGGAGAAGUGCCCGGGUCCGAUGGUCAGAUCGAGAGCCUUGCUUUUCAUCAGGAAGGGGACGAUAUCGAAUAUAACAUCGGCAGGAUGAGCAAUUUUGUGUCUCAAUUCGUCCGACCCUUUCUCGAAUAUGUGAAAGAAGAGAUAGCUGACGCCCGCUCUCGCCAACAAUCGAAGCAGAGCACAAGCCCGCCUCUCACGUCUACCCCGGGAAGUCCAGAUGUGCCGUCGACACCUGCAUCCUCGAGCCAGGAACUGAACGCGACGCCGCAAGUACCACCCAGCACUGAGCCAACACUCACCAACAUGGAGCGGUCGCCGGCCACAGAACCCGCUGGGGUUGGCGCCUCUGGAGGCGAGGAAGACGCCGCCCGUGCGUCACCUGCGACGGACACUCCUACCGAGAUGCGCUUGUUAGAUCGCGUCUCGUCCCAUCAUGUACCUGCUGGGGUGCUCCCGUCUUCUGUUGGUCAGGGCGAUGCGAGUUCGCUGCUCCCCUUGCCUGUGUCAGUGGUGGACGAGAGUGGAGAUGUCAUAGCAGCGGACGGACCGGUCGUUGAACUACACGGCGUGUCCAGCGCGAUGCCAUCUGUGCCUGGAUUCGCUGGGGAGUUAGACGGACUAUACCAGGACGAGGAUGACAUUGAUUAUUCUUCGAUCGACUUUUCCCUCAUCGACUUCCCUCCCACGAACGUUUCGGCUAUCCCACCUGCGAUCUCUUCUGGCGUCCCGCAAUUGUCUGUCCCUGCGCCCGAGGCGCCGACAUCGUUCUGGUCCAUACAACCGGAUGGAUUGAUGUACGGCAGCGACGUCGUCCACGCCAGCUCGAGCACACCGGCAUUCGGGGACUCGGCAACCUUCUCAAUGUAUCCAUCUGACAUGGGCCCUAUGUCAGUGUCGUCCUCCUCGAUGAACGUACCGUUGUCGUCAACCAACUUUCCAUCUUCCGCCCCAUCGUCCUUCGCGGACUUCCUGGCUCCGCCGUCCAUGACGAACUUCCCGUCCUCCUCGUCGACAUUCCCAGCCUCGCAUUCGUCCAAUGUGGACUUUUCACCGGCAGCUGGGCCAUUUGCUGCUUGGAACCCUGCUCCACCGAACUCGGACCCAUUGACGUCUGCGUCAUAUACGUCAGUACAAGGGCAGAGCACGUCCUCUGGUAGGAACGCAGCUAUACCCGCGUCGCAAUGGGACUUGCCCGUCCGGCCCUCCAUCUCGCAGCCUUCGCCUGUCCAUACCCCCAUCUUGCAGCCUUGGUCGUCGUCAGUUUCCGAGCCAUCUAAGACACCUGGGCCAUCUCACCUUCCUGUCGCGACAUCUGCAGUACCUCGGCGCCCACAAGCAGACCCGCCUCGUCGUCAGAUAGCACACCAAGGAGCACCCAAUGCUCCGACUGCGGCUUCAGUCAUGAUGGCGAAGGCUACACAAUCAGCCUAUCGUCAGUUCUCAUCGCCCGUCUCGAGUAUACGGGGCGCUGACGACGCUUCUCUGUCGCAGCAUGUCGACCCUCUCUCAGCAGCCGUGCCCGAGGAACCGUCUGCUAUUUCGACCUCCAUGGUGCUUCAGUCCCCGUCUACGUCGUCUCUGCCCGUCAACACAACACAACUACGCCUUCCGCCGGAUGCGACAACUCACCUGCGCAAUCCGCCCGACGCGACGAUAGGAGAGCCGUCUGGUGGAAACAGUGGCCAGAUGAGCAGAGACGACGUGCAUCCAGAGAUCUCGACGGCCGCGGCAUCUUCAAUGACGAUGCCCAAUGAGCAGGCGGACACCGACGAUGGUGAGCGGGGUAGGCCCAAGCGUACACGUCGGCGCCCGAUGCGUCCGGAUGAGUCCCCUGUCAGGCCCGAGAAAGGGAAGAGUAGUGUACAGAACGCGGAGAUAGAGAUGGAGACGGCAGCGGGGAAGAAGCGGCCUGCAGCACAGAACCAGGGAGGCGCGGUGAAAAGGCGUAAGUAG